CAGCCCGUUUAAAUGAAUGCGGUCAUUAGUGUUUCCUGACUUUUGGUUUGAGCUGCGUUUAUUUGUGAAUUCAUAGACCGCGUCCCUCUACAUGCAUACAGUGAACUUGGACCCUUAAUCGUUUUAACAUAUGGUUAUUUUAUGCAUUUUGUUUUCACAGUAAUGUUGCUGUAUCUGUUGACGUUUUGCGCGUCCAUCCACAUGGGUUUUGCUAAGGACCCAUGUGACGGGCAGAACUGUGACCACAACCAGGCCUGCGUUGUCCGGGAUGGCCAGCCAGUGUGCUUGUCCAAAACCAGGCUCUGUUCAGCCUGGGGGAACUGGCAUUUCCACACCUUCGCUGGCAGGGCCUUUGACUUCCACGGCACCUGCAAUUACACCUUUGUUCGAGUCCCCUGCCAUGCCUCUUCCAAUGUCUCUGUCCCCGUCGAAGUGCAGAUCGCCUGGGUGACCCCGGCUGAAAACCGUACAGAAGCCAAGGGCGAACCUACAACCAAUGCCACAGCCGAUGCCUUCGACAGGGUCCUCGUCAGACUUCAGGGCUUUAACAUUGCCAUUGUGAAAGGGGAGCUGCAGCAAGUCUGGGUCAAUGGACUUAAGUACCGCCUGCCCUACUACCCGAGCGGCUCUCUGCGGCUGUACCCGACGGGCUCGAGCGUUGUCUUGGAGGCCGGCGAUGGCCUGCUGCUGAAGUACGACUGGCUCCGGCGUCUGGAGGUGCGCCUGGGCCCGGAGCUCUCCGACGCGGCGUGCGGGCUGUGCGGCGGCUCGGGCCGCGACCCGGCCCACGGCCUCCCGGCUCUCGACGGGAACGGCACGGUCGGCGAGCGCGAGGCGGCGGUGGUGGCGUUCGCCCGUUCCUGGAAGACGGGGGCCGGCGGCCUGUGCCGCGACGACUGCGGCGAUUCGUGCCCCCGCUGUGACCCGGCCCGGCCGGACGCGAGCUCUGAGGUGCGGGCGUGCGGCCUCUUGCAGGACCCGAAGGGCCCCUUCGCCAGCUGCCUCGAGACCGUCGACCCUGCCCCCUACGUGCGCGCCUGCAAAGCUGACCUCUGCACUCUGAAGGGGGACCCCGCGGUGGCCUGCAGCGCCCUCCUGGCUUUUGCCGAUUACUGCCAGGCGUCUGGAAUCGGAGUCUCUCCCUGGAGAGAGCUGGCCAACUGCUCCAUGGCAUGCCCUGAGCACAGCCACUAUGAAAGCUGUGGGUCCUUGUGCCCGGCGACCUGUGCGGACCCUGAUGCCCCCUCUCGUUGCCAGCCUAGCUGUGCAGAGUCGUGCCUCUGCGACCCGGGCUUUCUGUUCUGUGGGCAAGCCUGUGUCCCGCCCGCCCGGUGCGGCUGCACCCACCAGGGCGUCUACCGGCUGCAGAGCGAGGUCUUCUGGGCUGACCGGUGCCAGCAGAACUGCACCUGUGACCCCGCCUCGAGGAACGUCUCCUGCCUCAGUGCUCACUGCGAACACGACGAGAAGUGCGUGCUGUGGGACGGCGCCAUGCGCUGUCGCCAAGGUGCGCUCGGCCUCUGCCUGGCUCAGGGGGACCCCCACUACACCACCUUCGACGGCCGGCGCUUCGAUUUCGAAGGGGACUGCGUGUACCUUCUGGCGGCGCACUGCCCCGUUGUGGCGUCCCUGCCUGAUUUCAACAUCGAGGUGGAGAACGAAAGGACGGGGGCCGUGGAGUCCUUCUCCAAAAUGCUCAGAGUGCAGUUGCAUGGCUAUGAGAUCAAAGUCUCCUGGGAGGUGGAGGACGGGGUUGUGGUCAAUGGCAUUUUUGUGAGUCUUCCCACUGUGCUGAGCUGGGGCAAGGUGAAAAUCUACAAGACCGGCCUUUCCCUGUAUGUGGAGAGCGAUUUUGGGCUCCUGUUGACUUACAACUGGAACCACCUUGUGACCGUGGCCUUACCCAGAAGCUUCUCUGGUGCCACCUGUGGCAUCUGUGGGAAUUUCAAUGGAAACAGAACCGAUGACCUCACCCCCCCGACGGGUCACGGUGUGGGCACCUCCGAAUAUCUGACUCGUUGGAAGACGGGCGCGGUCGACGGCUGCACGGACGUGGUCCAUUCCGACCGGCCUCACUGUCCGGGCGAGAUGAGGCUGCACCUGUCAGCCGGAGAGAUCUGCGGGAUGCUAAUGAACCCCGAUGGGCCCUUCGGGGACUGCCAUGAAUCGGUCGACCCUGCCGACUCCUUCGAGAACUGCAUCCAGGAUGUCUUUCUGAACAACGGCAGCAUGCCCGUGCUGUGCCGGGUUCUGGGCGCCUACGUGGCGGCCUGCCAGGACACCGGAGUGGAGGUGCACAGCUGGAGGUCCUCGCACUUCUGCAACAUGUCGUGCCCCGCCAACAGCCAAUACGCGCUGUGCUCGCCCCCUGGACAGCGCACGUGCACCGACCCGCCCAGCCCGCACGCCUCCGUGUGCCAGGAGGGGUGCGAGUGCCUUCCAGGUUUCUUCCUCAGUGGGGCGGAGUGUGUCCCCGAGUCAGAGUGCGGCUGCCUGCACGACGGUGUCUACCACAUGGCUGGGGCCCUGUUCUUCCCCGAAGAGCACUGCUUGGAGGAGUGCACCUGCAAAGGCCGCGGCCCGGCGGUCUGUAGGAACGCCACGUGCCCCAUCGGCACGCAGUGCGGCGUCCGCAAGGCCACCCGCGGGUGCUACUCAGCCCCGGGCUCGGCCAGCUGCACUCUGUUUCGGGGCCUGCACCUACACACCUUCGACGGGCGAGGUUUUGACCUCCGCGGAACGUGCCGUUACGUGCUGGCGCAAAUGUGCAACGCGAGCGAGGCUAAUCGCAGUGCUGCCGCCUUCUCCCUCCACUUCCAGCGCGGGCGGCUUCACCUGCAGAUUUACGGCAUGAACCUGACCCUGGCCCCGGGCCAAAGGGGAAAAGUCGAGGUGAAUGGCGUCCUGCAGAACCUACCCGCUCAGCUUGGUCCGCUCCGAGUCCUUCAUCGAGGCUUGAGAGUCCAGGUGGAGGCCGAUGCGGGCAUCGUUCUGGCCUACGACCUGCAGAACUUUGUGCAGUUGGCCGUUCCCCACGGUUACGCUGGCCGCCUGUGUGGCCUGUGCGGCGACUUCGACGGUGACCCCGCCAAUGACCUCCGGCUCCGCCAUGGCAACCUGACCUCCGACCUCACCGCCCUCGGGGCGUCGUGGAAGGUUCCGGGCCUGGACGCGGACUGUGUGGAGGGUUGUGGCGUGUCAGGUUGUCCCGUGUGUAACGUGACUGAGGCUGCCCGCUUCCGGACGGAGCGGCACUGCGGCCUGCUCUCUGCCCCCGACGGGCCCUUCAGGGCCUGCCAGUCUGUGGUGGACCCCCUGCCCCAUGUGGAGGACUGCGUGUACGACCUGUGCAUUUCCCGUGGGGACCCGGACCAGUUCUGCAGCAGCCUACAAGCCUACACGCUCGCCUGCCAUUUGGCUGGGGCAGUCGUUAAGACCUGGAGGAAUGAGACCUUCUGCUCUCUUGGAUGCACAGCUAACUCCCACUACAGCGUUUGUGUGGACCUCUGUGCCGUGACCUGCUCCAACAUUUCCCAUGAGGUCUGCCAGGCAUCCCGGGGUGAGGGCUGCCGGUGUGACCCAGGCUUCCAGCUUACUGUGGACCGCUGCGUCAAGCCAGCUGAUUGUGGCUGCUUCCAAGAUGGCCGCUAUUAUGAGCUGGGAGAGGCGUCCUGGGCCGCAGGGUGUACGACACGGUGCCACUGCUCCAGUCCAGGAACUCUGUGGUGUGAGUCAGCAGCCUGUCCCAAGGGCUGGGGGUGUGGCCUCCUUAACGGCUCCACGGCGUGUGUUCAGAACAGUGUGGAUCCCAGCAUUUGUCUGCCAGGAGCCCCCUGUGCCUCGAACUCCACCCGCACAGUGUCCAGCUGUUGGGUGUUGGGCGGAUCCCACUUCUCCACCUUCGAUGGGACAGUCUUCGACUUCCAUGGCAACUGCACCUACAUUCUGGCCAAGAGGUGGGAGGGGAGUAGCAAGGGGAGUUCGCCUCCCCCCUUCUCUGUCCUGAUUGAGAAAAGCCUGGACAGCUUUGCUGCCCUGAAGACCAUUACAGUCCACUUGUCUCAACACCACAUCGUCCUUAAACCAGGGGACGCUUCUGUAUGGGUGAAUGGGCAGAAAAAGUACUUGCCGGUGACGCUCCAUGAAGCCCACAUCCACCAGAGCGGCCUCUUCAUGGUCAUGAACACGACCAUUGGCCUUUCCUUGAAGUACAACAGGGCCCAGUACGUGCAGGUGGACCUCCCCCGAAACUCCUCGGGUGUGUGUGGCCUGUGCGGUGACAACAACGGCGACAGUGCCGACGACCUCCUGACUCCAGAGGGCGCUGUGGCAGAAGAGGUGGCUUUCGGGUGGAGCUGGAGGCUGGACGAGGGCGACGACUCGUGCGCGGCGGAGUGCUCGGACUGCUCGGAGGAGAAGGGCAUCCAGCUGGACGCCGACGCGGAGUACGACGUCAUCAUGCGCAUCAUGCUCUGGUCCGAGUCCAGCCCCUUCAUCAGCUGCCGUCUUCUCGUGGACCCCAGCACGUAUGGGAAGCUGUGCGCGCGACAUCACUGCGUCCGUCAGCUGGACCUGGAUUUCCUGUGCCAAGCCCUGCAGUCCUACACCACCGCCUGCCAGUCCGCCUGGGUGCAGAUCCGAGGCUGGAGGAACAGCACUUUCUGUUCUGCCCAGUGCCCGGAGCACAGCCACUACGAGCUGUGCGGCUCUGCCUGCCACGCCACCUGCGGAGACCCCGCCCCCUCGGCCUGCGCGCUGCCCUGCACGGAGACGUGUCGCUGUGACGAGGGCUUCCUGUACGAGGUGGAUGGCUGCGUGCCGGCCCCCAGCUGCGGCUGCCUCCACCAGGGCUCGUACCACCGCCGGGACCAGCCCUUCUGGGCAGACGAGGCGUGCACGGAGACCUGUGUCUGCGAGGCCCCCGGGGGGCCCGCCCGCUGCAGCCCGUCCUCCUGCGGGCCCCUGGCCUCCUGCGGCCUGCGGGACGGGGUGCGCGCCUGCCUGCCGCACCGCCUGGCCUACUGCGCCCUGGAGAGCGGGGCGCACUUCCACACCUUCGACGGGUGCGCCUUCCUCUUCCGGGGCAGCUGUGGGUACAGGCUGGCUGGCCUGUGCCCCGGGGUGGGCGGCCUCGCCCCGUUUGUGGUGCAGGUGCAGAACUCCGGCGACGCCCAAUCCCCUCUGACGGUGGUGGUCACGGUGUACAACAUUACUGUGGAGAUCAGCGGACAAAAUAACGGACAGGUUAAGGUGGACGGUCUCCAUCGAAACAUGCCAUACUCCCUGGAUGGAGGCCGGGUCACUGUGCACGCCACUGGCCUGCGCACGCUCCUCCAGGUUGACUUCGGCCUGUCUGUCACCCUCUACGCCAGCGAGCGCUUGAACCUCGCUCUGUCCAGCAAGUAUGCCAGCGCCACCUAUGGCCUGUGCGGGAACUACAACGGGGACCCUGGCGACGACAUGGCGGGCCGCGGCGGCCGGCAGGCCCUGAGCCCCUCAGAGCUGGUACGGCGCUGGAACACCGGCGCCCUCCCCUGGUGUGUGGAGAGCUGCGGGGGGGACUGUCCGACCUGCUCCCCGAAACAGCGGGAGGAGUACUCCUCCCCCAGCGCCUGCGGCGGGCUCCUCAACGCCACCGGACCUUUCCGGGUCUGCCACGGCGUGGUGGAGCCCGGAAGGUUCUACAACGCCUGCGUCAGCGACCUGUGCCGGGAGGGGGGCGCCCGCUCGGCGCUGUGCCGGUCGCUCGGCAACUACGUGGCCGCCUGUCAGGAAGCAAACGCGAAAAUCUACGACUGGAGGAGUCCCGGCUUCUGCGAGCAAACAUGUCCACAGGGUAUGGUAUAUGAACUCUGCCAAAUUUCACCCAACAACACUUGCAAAGGCUCUCCUGCCUCCAACGCUGCUCUAUUGCCCCCUGGUGUCUGCUAUGAGGACUGCAUCUGCCCACCCAGCCUUCUGCUCAGCGGCUCCCUCUGUGUCCAGCCAGGGAACUGUGGGUGUGUGCAUCAGGAAGAAUACUUCCAGGUGGGGGACGUCCUCCAGACCUGCAGAGAGCGCUGUGUGUGUGAGGCUGGGGGGGCCGUGGCCUGUAACCCGGUCUUCUGCACGGAAGAGGAAGACUGCCAGGUGCAGAACGGCCUUCUGGGCUGUUACCCCAAGCGGGAGUACGGGUACUGUUCCCUGGCCGGACGCUCCCACUACCACACCUUUGACGGACGCGACUUCCACUUCCCCGGCACAUGCAACUACACCCUCUCCCAGUGUGGCCCCCUCAACUCCAGCCUGGAUGCUGUGCCCUUCACCGUCACGCUCCUGACCCUGCUGCCCAUGCAUGCGGUCCGUGUGGAAGCUUACGGGCUAGAGCUCAUCCUCUGCCCAAAAUAUCCAGACAAAGUUGUGGUGGGUGAGGUCCUGGAGGCUCUCCCAUUCGCAGUGGUGAACCUGACGGUGUAUCGGCAGGGCCACUACCUGACCGUUCAGGCGCUGAACUCUGUGCAGGUGACCUUCGACCUACGGAAUCACGUAGUGAUCCGCCUCCCCGCCUCCUACAUGAACAGGACGUACGGCCUGUGUGGAAACUACAACGGUUUCCCCGGCGACGACCUCUGGCAGCCGAACACCGAGGCAGUGUCUGGAAAGUCUUGGGGCUCAGACUGCAGUGACGAAUGUGGGGAUAACUGCCCGCUGUGUGUGUCCCUGUUGCCCCGCUACACCUCGGACCGCCACUGCGGCCUGAUAACCACCCUGUCGGGGGCCUUCGGCGCCUGCCACCCCCUGGUGGACCCCACUGGCUACUACAGCAACUGCCUGUACGACCUGUGUGUGUCCGGGGGGGAGCAGGAGCAGCUGUGUGACAGUCUGCAGGCCUACGCUACGGCCUGCAGGGAGGCAGGAGUACAGGUCGCCCCCUGGAGGAACGACACCCAGUGCAUGUUCCAGUGUCCCCAGUUCAGCCACUACACCCCAUGUGUGAACGCCUGCUCUGUAAUGUGUGCUGAGGUUGGGCACCUGGUGGACUGCCCCGCUGGGUGUGUGGAGGGCUGCCAGUGUGACCCGGGCUACUACUUUGACGGCAGCGGCUGUGUGCCACCCAAGGACUGCAGCUGCUUCCUGGAUGGACGGUGGUACAGGCCUGGAGAGGUAAGACUGCUGCAGAACUGUACCCUAAACUGUGCCUGUGGGCCCCCAGUGAUCUGCAAACCCCACGCCUGUCCUGACUCGCAGAGCUGUGCCGUCAUACACGGGGUUAUGACCUGCCAUUCCUCAGACCCGUGUGAGGGGAGGUGUAGCCCCAGUGAGAAGUGUGCUCAGUGGGCCGGGCGUCCCGUGUGUGAACCCUCUGUGCUGGACCUGUGCUGGGCCUGGGGCGACUCCCACUUCCACAGCUUCAGCGGUAUGGACUUUGACUUCGACGGCACCUGCAGCUAUGUACUGGCGGCCAGCAGUGGGGGCCCAGGAGGGCUGUCCCCCUUCGCCGUCACAGAGAAGAACGAGAGGCGCCACAGCGCGUGGGCUUCGUCUGUACGCUCGGUCAACGUGCGCGUGUACGGUCACAUGGUGACCAUGCACCACCUGGAGAAGGGCUACGUGCGGGUGAAUGGUCUGCUCAGCCGUCUGCCACUCAGUCUGAGGGACAGGGUAAGGGUGGAGUACUGGGGGCAGCAUGCCUUCCUGCAGACUGACUUCGGGCUGCAGGUGAUCUACGACUGGUCUUCUCUGGUCCUCGUGGCCCUUCACCCGAUGUACCGAGGCAAGGUGUUUGGCCUGUGUGCAUACCACCAGGGUUUUGAGACCAAGGGCGGCGGUGGUGGCCUCUCUGUGGUUGCGUGGGCCCUGCUGAAUGCAGUGAGUGAUGGAGACCGGCUGUGCUGCACCGCCUGCGCCCUGCCUGCUCCCCGCGUCACGCCAGAGCAGGAGGCGCUUAACCGCAAGGAAUGCGCGGUCCUCCAGGACCCCACUGGUGCCUUCGCGCUCUGCAGCAAGACCGUGGCCUCGGACCCCUUCCUCCAAGGCUGCAUGCACGACCUGUCCGCCAGCGAUGGCGCCCAGGAGGUCCUGGCACAGGCCCUCAAGUCCUACUCCACCAUCUGCCAGUACCAUGGCUUCAGCUUCCAAAACCCAGGGGACCUGUACCAUGAUGACAUCUGCGGGCCUCACGGCACAUUUGCCUGGUGUGCGUUGCCAUGCCGAGAGUCCUGCGACCGCUUCAUCAGCCCAGUCUGCAAUCGGCCGUGCUUGCGAGGCUGUGUCUGUAAUGCCGGCUAUGCCUACAUCAACCGGACCUGCGCUCUUGUGAGCAACUGCGGCUGCGUGGAUGCAGUCGGCCAGCUCCGCCAACUCAACGAGACCUUCUGGUCUCCCGAGAACUGUGAGAACCGCUGCACCUGCGACCCGUCCACCAGAACCGCCGUGUGCGUCCGGGUCCGCUGCCCCGCCGGCCAUCGCUGCCGGCUUCUGGACGGGGUCCGUGGCUGUUACCCCACCGGUGUAGUCUACUGUACCCUGAUGGGCGGCCUCCACUUCCGCACUUUCAACGGCCACACCUUCGACUUCCGCGAUGGCUACACUUACUCACUGGCAGCGUCUGCUGCCCCCCUCCGCGCCGGCCACCUGGUCCCCUUCCAGAUCUCCAUCGGCAGUGCCAGCGGCAGCACAAGGCUCUUCCUCAGUCUGGACCUGAGAGUGCAGGUGUAUGGGAAGGACCUAGUCAUCCGCAAGGAGCAUCCGCACAGGCUCACGGUGGACGGGCUGUAUGCACCCUUGCCUUACUCUUUGAACAAAGGCCAGAUCUUGGCCUACCACUCCCCCUCAUCAAUCACAAUCCAAACCGACUUCGGCCUGCAGGUGGCGCUGUACAGGACUGGCACAAUUACUGUGGUGCUCCCUGUGUGGUACAGCUCGGUCCUGCAGGGUUUGUGUGGUAAACCUAGUGACCCCAAGGGCAUGUUCAUUAUGAGGACUGGCCAAGUCGGGUCCCUGCAGGAGUUCACCGACAGCUGGAAGACUAAGGCGGCCGGUCGCACUCUGACCUCUGACCUGAAGCGCUGCAGCAAGGAGGAACGGGACGUGUUCAAGGACUUCCACUUCUGCCAAGUGCUGCUGGACGAACAGGGCCCGUUCAAAGAGUGCAACGGUGUCCUGGACCCUGAGCUGUUCUAUGACAGCUGUCUGAAGGAUACCUGCGCAUAUGGAGGGCACCCCACUGCAUUCUGCAACUCCAUCAGCGACUACGCGACUGCCUGCCAAGCUGCUAACCUCACAGUGCGGGAGUGGAGAAGAGACACCUUCUGUGGGGCCGACUGUCCUGCUAACAGCCACUAUGAGCUGUGUGGGCCCAGUUGCCUGGAUACCUGCUUUAGCUCUGUGAGCCCGGCGUCCUGCAGCAGCCUGUGUCAGGAGGGCUGCCGCUGUGACAGCGAUCACGUCCUCAGCGACGGGGAGUGUGUGCCCCAUGCUGCCUGCGGCUGCCUCUACAAUGGGCUGUACUACCCCCUGGGCACCUUCGUCCUGGGGGACCGGUGCCAGGAGAAGUGCCUCUGUCGUGAGCGGUCGAAGAUGGUGUGCUUCUCUCCUGGCUGCGGGCCCCAGGAGUCCUGUGUGGUGGAGGGCGGCAUCGGCAAGUGCCUGCCGGCCAAUCCCGGCACAUGCCAGGUGUUGGGUGGCUUCGGGUACAUCACCUUUGAUGGCUAUGCACUGGCGCAUCGCGGAACCUGUACCUACGUUCUCGUGCAGUCCGACCCGUCUGCCCUGCCUCCCUUUAAAGUGCUCGUGAGUGUAGACAGGGUGGAGAAUGGAGUGGAUGACCCGCUGAAGGCUGUCGUUUUGAUACUGGAUGAAGAUAAUGUAGUGGAAAUAUUUCCCAGAGUCCUUUGGAAAGUCCGGUUCAACAAAGAGGAUUUCACCCUACCCAUGAUCAUCAACAGUGGUGCCAUAAAGGCUUACCAAGAUGGCAGCAGCAGUGUCUUGGAGACUGACUUCGGGCUCCAGAUCCGUUUCACCUCAACACUCUAUGUCCGGGUCAUCUUACCACCCAGUUACUCUGGCACCACCUCUGGCCUGUGUGGGAACUACAACGGCAAGGCCGCAGACGACCUGACGCUUCGCUCUCAGCAGGUCGCUGACGGCCCCUCUGACUUUGUCAAGAGCUGGGCAGAGGGGGCGCCGGGCCAACGCUGCACCCUGGACUGUACGGCGAACUGCGAACCUUGCAGCGAUGUCUCCAACCCCGAGGCGCCCGGUGUCGAAUCCUGUGACUUCCUGACCAGCACGACGGGCCCUUUCAGGCGCUGCUGCAGCACUGUGGCUGUUGAGCCUUACCGUGAUGCCUGUGUCAAGGUCCGCUGUGCCACCUCCAGGAAAGCACAAGCACUGUGCCUAACGCUGGAGGCCUAUGCGGUGGCCUGCCAGGCGAAGGGAGUCGAAGUGGACGCCUGGAGAGAGAGCUGCCGUCUUGAGUGCCCAGACCAGAGCCAGGCCAGCAGGGAUGUUGAUUCAUGUUCUACUACCUGUCCUGAAAUUCUCACUCCUGGUCUGUGUCAGAGGCACUCUGAGGGCUGCCAGUGUAAUGGCGGUUUAGUUUUCAAUGGUGACGCGUGUGUGCCCGUUAGCCAGUGUGGAUGUGUGCAUCGUGGAAGAUACCUCAAGAACAAGAAGCUUGUCUAUGCGCCGGGCUGUAGUAAGAGGUGCUGGUGUGAGCUUUUGGGGGGUGCAGCCUGCGAGCCGACCGCCUGUGGCCCCGAACAGCGCUGCCUGCUGAGGGAUGGGGCGUGGGGGUGCCACGGCGAUGCGGGCGUCUGCCGGGUCCGGCCCGACCUGACGUUCAGAACCCUGGAUGGCCUGGAGUCAAACCUGCAGCCCAACAUCUCCUUCAACCUGGCCUCUCUGUGCGACCGUGAGAGUGACCGCUGGUUCCAGGUGGCCGUCUUCCAGGGUCACUGCAAGAAGGGGCUGGUCAACACACUGCACCUGUUCCUGUAUGGGGCAACCAUGGUGAUCCGGAAUGGGACCGUGUAUGUGAAUGGAGACUUGGUGUCUCUCCCCCUCUCACUGCCUUCGGGGGUUUCUGUACGCCGGAUCUGGGCCUGGCCGGAGGUGAGGGUCGUGGUGAGGAAGGGUUUGGAGGCCGGCUCUCAGCCAGACCUGGAGCUGGAGGCCAGCACGUCGGGGAGUGUGAGGGUGCGACUGUCGUCCGAGGACUCUGGCAAGCUCUGCGGCGCGUGCGGCAACUACGAUGGUCAGGCCUGCGAUGACCUCCCCGAGUCCAAGGACUGGAUCAUGAGCUUAAACAGCUGUGGCUUUGGAGACUCUGGGCGCUUUGGAGCCGGCUCUGUGGAUGUUCUUUGACCACGUGUGCCCCCGUUUGUGAAUAUGCUCAAACCGUGCAAUAAAGGUUUUAAACCCA